AUGUCAUCAACCCCUCCAACUGCUCCAACUGAUGAACAAGUCGGUGAUCAAAUAGAAGACAUGCUACGUGAUCUUGGACAAGAGGGUUUUAGGCAAGCAAAUGCACCGUAUUAUGACACCUUAGAUAAUGAUUCAAAGAUUCCAUUGUUUAUUGGAUGCACUAAGUACACACGGUUAUUAGGGGUGUUAGCUCUGGUCAAUUUGAAAGCAAGAUUUGGGUGGAGUGACAAAAGCUUCAAUGAAUUACUAUUGUUAUUGAAGAAUAUGCUUCCAGGAGAUAACACGUUACCAAAGACUCAUUACGAGGCAAAGAAGAUAUUAUGUCUUGUUGGAAUGGAAUACCAAAAAAUACAUGCUUGCCGUAAUGAUUGCAUUUUGUAUAGACAUGAGUUUGCUGAAUUGCGCAACUGCCCUACAUGUGGGGUGUCACGCUACAAAGUGGGUUCUGGCGCUUCCAGUGAAGCUGGAUCCACAUACAUUGAUCGGCCAGCAAAAGUGUGUUGGUAUCUUCCAGUAAUACCAAGGUUUAAGCGAUUGUUUGCUAAUGCAGAAGAUGCGAAGAACCUAACAUGGCAUGCUGAUGGUAGGACCAAAGAUGGAUUGCUCCGUCAUCCUGCUGAUUCUCCUCAGUGGAAGAAAGUUGAUCAGUUGUAUCCAGUGUUUGUCGAAGAUCCCAAAAACCUAAGGGUUGGUCUCGCAUCGGAUGGAAUGAAUCCAUUUCGAAGCUUAAGUUGCAAUCAUAGUUCGUGGCCUGUUUUGCUGAUCAUUUACAACCUGCCUCCUUGGUUGUGCAUCAAGCGGAAGUACAUAAUGAUGUCUAUGAUGAUAGCCAGUCCAAGACAACCAGGAAAUGACAUUGAUGUGUAUCUUGCUCCCUUGAUUGAAGACCUGACAAAAUUGUGGGUAGAAGGGGUUGAUGUGUAUGAUGGGAAUGCUCAUGAGUCCUUCAGGUUGCGAGCUAUGAUUUUCUGCACCAUUAAUGACUUUCCAGCAUAUGGGAAUUUGCGUGGAUAUAGUGUGAAAGGCCACCUUGCUUGUCCCAUUUGUGAGAAAGACACAACUUACAUCCAAUUAAAGCAUGGCAAAAAAAACUGUGUUGAAGUUUUUGAUCGUGUGAAGAACAUUUGCAAUAUAUAUGGGAAGACACAAAAGAAAGAUGGCGCUCCCAAAAACAUUUGGAAGAAAAGUUUGGUUGGCACACUGCUUAACAUUAAAGGGAAGACAAAAGAUGGUUUGAAAUGUCGUCAAGAUUUAGUGGAAAUGGGAGUACGACACCAGUUGCAUCCUGUGUCAAAAGGUCUUCGAACCAAAGUGAUUGACCCUAAACAGUUGGAUGAUUUGGAAAAUGAGGCUGCCAUUAUCAUUUGUCAAUUGGAGAUGUACUUUCCCCCAACUUUUUUUGACAUAAUGAUUCACUUACUUGUUCAUCUUGUUCGAGAAAUACGUUUGUGUGGGCCUGUAUAUUUACGGUGGAUGUAUCCGGUUGAGCGAUACAUGAAGGUGUUGAAAAGUUACACGAAGAAUCAAUAUAGGCCAGAAGCAAGCAUUGUUGAAAGGUACGUGGCAGAAGAAGCUAUUGAGUUUUGCUCUGCUUACGUCGAAGAUGCAUCACCUGUUGGUAUUCCUGAAAGUCGUCAUGAAGCUACACGACAAGGUAGGGGCACGCAAGGAUUCAAUGUUGUAACCAUGGAUCUCCAGAAACUAUCACAAGCGCAUUUGUAUGUACUAAACAACACAGCUGAGGUAAUACCAUACAUAGAUGCUCACAAAGAAUAUGUGGCAGCUUCUCACCCAAACAUGAAUAUGAUGAGGGUGUUGCAGGAACACAAUAGAAGUUUCAUUAAUUGGUUUAGAAAUACAAUAUUUGCUAGCGACAGUGCUUCUAAGACAUUAUCAUUACUAGCUAUUGGGCUGAAUCUUAAUGUCCUUACUUGGAAGGGUUAUGACAUCAACAAUUAUUCCUUCUACACAAAGUCACAAGAUGAUAAAAGUACCGUGCGAAAUAGUGGGCUCAUGAUUGAUGCUCAUUCAGACCACUUUAGUCGUGCAUCGGAUAACAAUCCUAUUCGAGCUUCCAUGGCUUAUUAUGGAGUCAUAACCGAUAUCUGGGAGCUAGACUAUGGUGAAUUUAGAGUGCCUGUUUUCAAGUGCCAAUGGGUUAAUGGAAAUGUCGGAGUCCGUCAAGACAAAUUGGGUUUUACUUUGGUUGACCUUCAAAGGAUUGGUUACAAGGACGAGCCUUUCAUCAUGGCAGUACAAGCAAGACAAGUGUUUUAUGUUGAAGAUCCUAGUGACUCAACAUGGUCAGUUGUACUUCAAGGGAAAACAAGUGGUAUCCCUGCCGAUACUGACCAGGCAACCCUUGAUGUUAACGAAAUCCCUACGUUUGCACAACAAAUGCCUUCGAUAAAUGCUGAAAACGACGACGAUGAUGUGUAUGCAAAUCGCAUCGAUCAUGAUGAAGGACCCAUGGCAACACCCCCGACAUCCCCUCCACCUCCUACAUCCUCUCCACCUGCUGAUUCACCAAGCGCAAUCUCAAAAUCGAAGACUCGACAAGCAACCAGGUUGAGGAAAUUGACUGCAAGAACCUUGGAUCAACCACGACCAAUUGUCAAUGUCAACCCCAUUACUGGUCGAGGAAAAUUUGACAUCCCGGAAGGAACUGCUGCCAAGAAGAAGGUCAUGUCUACUGUUGCGAUUAGAUGGAGGCAAUUUAAGUCCUCCCUAACUAGUAGAUAUAUAUAUGCUGAGAAACAUGGUGAAAAUAACCCUGAUGCAGCUUCUAAGUAUGGUAUGGAGCAACAAAUAUGA